AUGGGAGAGGAGCAAGCAAGCCACCAGCUGCAGAGACAUGAUGCGCGCGGAGUCCCAGAGUCCUUCUUGCAGAGGCCUUCAGGAGUGAUUCUCAGCUUGAAGCGGGACUUCCCUUUGUUUAUGGAGGCGACUGAUCACACUGCCUUGGAUUCUUGGACCAGGAAGAUCCAAGCAGGGCCAUCAUUCCUCUUCCCCAGCAGCAGCAGCAGGCUCAGGCUCUGCUGGCUCUCUCUGCCUCGGGCCAUGGCUCGCCUGGAGGUGGCUGAGUCCCGCUGGGGCUCCUCUUCCCUGGCCACCUCCACAGCCAGGACUCCCUCCAGGCAGCCUCCAACUUCGCUUUCCGCAGCUCUGACUCCUCCUGGUCACUAUCCAAGGACCACCUGGAUGCAGGAGAUCCUGACCUUCAUCCACAGCCAAGGUGACCCCAAGCCGGCCAAGACCAUCCCCAACUGGGCCCGCUUUCCUUGGCUGGAGCACACCUACUUUGCGAAGACCCUCCAGGAGACCUCCGGACCUCGCCUCCUGACCAGCCACCUGCCCCACGCGGCGCUGGAUGGGGCCUUGAGGAAAGGCCAACCCAAGGUGAUCUACCUGGCCAGACACCCCAAAGACGUGGCUGUAUCCUAUUACCACUUCUACAGGAUGGCCAACUUUUUCCCAGAUCCUGGUUCCUUUGAUGAGUUUCUCCAGAGCUUCUUGGAUGGCACCGUGCAUUACGGUUCAUGGUUUGACCACGUCAAGGGCUGGCUCAGCUGCCAGGGAGAAUCCGGCAUUGCCUACCUCACCUAUGAGGAGCUGCACCAGGACUUGGAGGGCUCUAUAGAGCGGCUGUGCGCUUUCCUGGGUCACCCUGUGAAGCCUGACUUGACCGACUCCAUCCGGAAGCACUGCAGCUUUGCCUCCAUGAGCCAGAAUGACAUGGUGAACGGUGCCCUUGUUCCUCAGGAGAUCUUGGAUACCAGCAAGAGCCAGUUCAUGAGGAAGGGCAUUGUUGGAGACUGGAAGAACCACUUCUCUCCGCUGCAGAGUGCUCUCUUCAGCAAGAAAUACCAGGAGGAAAUGGGAGGCCUGGACCUGCCUUUCAAGUGGGUCAUGGACUGAGCUCCUGGUGCCAAGGAGGGCCCAGAUGGUGGGCAGUUCCUAGUGGGAAUUCCCCUAUGGUCAGACACAACUUGACAACCUUGUCAACAGGGAAUACCUUUACCUUUAAGAACUCCAGAAGGACCAUGUUGGAUCACAGCAAAGGCCUGCCUGGUCCAGAGUCCUCUUUCGUUGCUCCAAGGACAGCCACCUUCUUCCAAAAAUCAGCUCCUGAAUGCCAAGAUGGAUGCACCCAACCAGCAGGGCAGCAUUGAAAAGGAUUCCACCAUGGUUCCUACCCAAUGAUCUGAUGACCCCUUUGCCUCCAUGGGCAAAAGAGAUCUUUUCCCCAAACUUGAUACAUGAGAGACUUUGUUUGGGCAGAUGGUGGAAACUGAAGCUGAGGAUGCAAAUCUCACGCUCCAAUUAGGAGCUUGGGGAGGAUAGUGGGUUGGAAUAAACAGUCUGUGGUGCACGCAUUAGAAGUCACCUUUUGGGGCUUCUUUUCGUAACCUCUUCUAACAUUUGGAAAGGAACCGGCCAGAACUUUAAUCAGGGGUUCUGGGACAUCAAGUGAUGAAAGAUCAUCUCUGGGCCCCCAGACAUCACUUGGUCCAGAGGGGGUCAGAAAUGUGGGGAUCUGAGCCCAUCAUCUUUAACCAGACUCCCCGAGAAAAGCAUCACACAUGCUUUUUCUGUUGUGUGUCCACUCAAGAGACUUACUGACAACAACCCAUUUUUGUCUUUCCAAAUGUUCUGGACUUCAACUGCUAGAAAAGCCCAAUGGUCAGGGAUUCCUGGACUUGAAGUCCUACAACAUCCAGAUGUUGGCCACCACUGCAAUAAUGCCCUCUUCCCCAAAAUGGGGUUGGACUACAGUUCCCAUCUUCCCCAAUGCCUCAAUAGGACUCCUACUGAUAGAGGCCCAAGACAGAAGACAAUAGCUAUUUGAAGUCCCUGCGGCAUUGGCUUCCAGUGCAUGUUCGCUGAAUGUUGUUGUUGUUGUUGUUGUGGGACUUCAAGUCAUUUCUGACUUAUGGAGACCCUAAGGCAAACCUAGCAAGAUUUGCUUGCUGGGGUUUUAUGCCUUUGCCUCCCUGUGAGGCUGAGAGAGUGUGACUUGCCUUAGGUCACCCAGUGGGAUUCUGUGGCUGAGCAGAGAUUCAAACCCUGGUCUCCAGAGUCAUUGUGCAGUGCUUAGACCACUGCAUUGCUAUAUAAGAAUCGAAGCAAGAAAGACCAUUAGCAAUUCUUUCCAUAUAGACAUUCCUGUACCACUAUUCAGUUAAAAAAAACCCAUAAUAAUUUACAAUAUUGCUGUGUUAAGCCCCGUCCGUCUCCAAUACAAUAAAAUAGAAUCAUGUCAGAACUUUAAAAAUAAAAGUAUUUCUCUAAAACAGGGGUCAGCAACUUACGGACCACGGGCCACAUCUGGCCCGGCGAGGCCUUGGGACCGGCCCCAGCCUGGUCCUGCCGCCGAUUGCUGCCCCCGCCGCAGCUUCCACGCCGCUCUGGGUGCCAUUUUGAGUUUGGCACCCCAGUUGUUUGAGGGACAGCAACCUGGCCCCCAGCUCAAAAAGGUUGCCUACCCCUGCUCUAAAACCACUAAAUGCUCACACAAUUGCUAGUACGUUAAAAUCACAAUGAAAACACAACUGCAGGGUGACCAACCGGUAUUCCAAAAACAUCUUUAUUUUUCCUUUAAUCGUUUUACUUUUUUAAAUAAAUACUCGCUUCCCUUCAAAGAACUCAGAAAUCGGAAAAAGGGGGAAAUGUGUUGGGAUGAGAAAAAGAAAGAGGGAUGUUAUUUGAAUAGAAAACUCCCGAUUGCAACAGGGGCUGUUUAAAAGGUCUGGAUGGCAAUCAUUAUCAUAAUAACAAUAAUUUUAAAAUUGCACUGUUUCUCAUAAUCCUUGCUGCAGCGACAAAAGUGGGAGAGAAGCCCAGAAUGAGAGGAGAGGAGGAGGCAGAAAUAUUGAGGGUGGAAAAGGGAGGGAAAAGACAGAUAAAACUGUUACUGACAAUCCGUCGCGAACGCAGCCUGUUUUCCGAACAGAAGCCCUGCUGGAAUCUCUAUUCCAAUUUUCUUGCAGCCAAAAAGAAAAACAACAAGAAGUUUUAAUCAAUGCACAUUGGACCAAGAAUGUUAAAGAAAUGUGCACAUAAAUUGGGAUGGGGGAAGGAAGGUUUUGGGAGCCCUUCCGCACUGCACAACUAUAGCACUAUGAUUCCACUUCUAUUGCCAUGGUUGCAUCCUCUGGGAUCCUGGGAUUUGUAGUCCAAAGAAGGAAUAGAGCUCUGUGGAUGAGAAUUUAAAAGCACCCUGCGCCAAACUGCAAAUCCCAGGAUUCCAUGGCAAUUAAAGUAGAAUCAAGGUGCAUUCUUGGUGUGAUGUGAAAGGACCCUUGUUUGCUUCCAUCCAUUAAAAAUCCUUGUAUAUAAAAAAAUGAAGGAGAGGAAGAACAUGGCAAGUGGGGAAAGGAGACACUUUGGAGACAGUGACCUUUGCAUAGAGAUGGGGCUUGUUGUGAAGACACACACACACACACGCACACAUACACACACAACAGCCACACGAAUGCUAGAAGCCAUAAGGAUGUUGGUUGUCGGCAGCCGUGGCAACUGGUAACUUCAAUAUUAAGAGACCAGUAAAUCCAUUUACAGGAGUUGUCCAAGGUGCCGAACCUAUUUAGGACGCCCAGUUCUGCACCUUGGAGAGCUCAUUUGAACUGGUGCGGAUUCACUGUCCCAACUGGGAUGACUGGCCACUACCGGAGACGCGGGUCUCUUUGUUUCCUCCCCCAUUAAAUUAGGCCUAUUGGGGCUGACUUUUCUCAACGGGGUUUUGCAGCUUCAGUUCUCAGUCCUGCAAAAGCGCAGAGGCCCAUCCCUAUCCUAAACUCACCCAACUUUCAAAGGAGGUAAUUCUGCAAAAUGUGCCAACCCAUGGUACAGGACCUUGACCGAUUUGGCAUGCAAAAAGCAAGGCAAAAGUAUGAAAGUCCCAUUUUGGGGACUUUUGCAGAAUCCUCAGUCAUCCUCCUGGUUGGUGGCUUUUGGGAACGACAGUCCAAAAGAGAACUUAGCAGGUAAAAAAUAGUCAUGUCAUUAAGUACAUCAGCUUAGAUUUACUUCAAAUAAUCUUCUGUUUCCUUUUGAAACUGAAAAAAAAAUGCAUGGUGACUUUUUUCCUUAGUAAAGGAAUAGAAGAUGGCUAAGGAUCCUGCCUCCCUUCUGCUGAAUGUUAGAGGGAUACCAAGGUUUUCAACUGAUUUAUAGCUAAAUAUAUAGCAGAGACGGAGAAGGGUACGCUUAAAACUCAGCUGGAUGGCAGAAACCAGUUGCUA